AGUUGACUUCAUACUACAAAUUUGGACAAUCAGAAUUCAUCUAGAAACUCAAAAAGAAUUCAAUAUUUUAAUUUUAAACAUUAAAAUUUCCAAUUUUCCACAGUAUUCAAAUCCCCCUCAGUUCAAUUCUCCUCUCAAAUACCCAUAUUCUCACUUUCCAAUUUCUCAUUUUUGUAAAAGAAAAUGGAAACCACAGAGCUUAAGCUAAUGAUUAACACCAUAAUCUUCUUUUUCUUCCUUAAUUUUUUUCCAGCUUACUCUGUUGAUGUCUGUAACCCAACUGUAUGUUCAGAAAUGGGUAGGGGACCGGAAAUCCGGUUUCCUUUCCGGCUAAAAAACCGGCAAUCAGACCGGUGUGGGUACCCCGGUUUUGAUCUUUCAUGUAAUGAGAGAGGUCAAACAAUUCUAACACUUCCUUCUGGUGAUUUUUUAGUUACAGAUAUUGAUUAUACUACACAAUCUAUUAUACUUAAUGAUCCAGAUUUCUGCCUUGUCAAAAGACUCAUCAAUUUCAAUAUCACGAAUUCUCCUUUCAGAGCUGCUCAUCAAAGAAAUUACACAAUUGUCAGGUGUACUUCGGAUGAUUGGUUAAAUUACGGAAAUUAUCCGGUGGCGAUUCUCUUAUUUUGCCGGGGAUUUUCGAGCAGAAAUCAGGCGUUUUUAGCUAUGCCACCAAAUAUGUAUGCACAAGGAAAGCCACCAGGUUGCAAGUUAAUGUCAAAGGUUUCAGUUCCUUUACAAUUGGAAGAUAACUUUUGGUCUCCAAUGGAGGGUCUUGUGCUAACUUGGAGUGAACCCAGUUGUAGGAUUUGUGAAAAUCAAGGGAAACUUUGUGGGUUUAAGAGUGAUUCAGGAUCUGAUAUUGCUUGUUCUAAUCUUCCUUCUUCUAAAGGAUUACCCAGGGGUGCCAAAUAUGGCAUUAUAAUUGGAGUUGGAGUACCAGGUUUUGUAUGCUUAUUAGGAUUAAUAAGCUUUGCUUUUGGUAAGAUCAAGGUUUAUACCCUCCGCCGUGAUUUGAACUCUGAUCUCCCUACCACCAUUAAUCUACAAUCAGCAAUCGCAACGACAGGUCUUAACAGGGCAACCAUCGAUUCCUAUCCCAAGAUCGUGCUCGGGGAGAGCAAGCGCCUUCCUAACCCCAACGAUGGCACUUGUCCGAUAUGUUUAUCGGAUUAUCAGCCUAAAGAAACGUUAAGAACCAUACCAGAAUGCAACCAUUAUUUUCAUGCUGAAUGCAUAGAUGAAUGGCUUAAGCUCAAUGCUACUUGCCCCUUAUGUCGAAAUACGCCAGAUGGUUCUUUACAUCCUUGCUCAUCAUCAACUUCUUUGGUCUCAUCUUCUCCAUAGACGUCACAAAACUCUAUUUUGCCCUGAUUUUUAAUGUCGGAAAUGCAGCUUGUAGUACGGCCUUUCCUCGAAUCCUGCACAUAGCGGAAACUUAAUGCAUCGAGUUGUUCUGAUUUUAAUGUCUUUCAUAGGGAAUUCUUGUUGUAUAUAAGUUGUGAUCUCGAGGUACUGUAAAUGGAAAGAAAAUAAAGCGUGUAGGAUAGAAUUCUUUUUGGCAUUGUUUUUUUUUUUUUAGAAAGGGAAAGGAAAUGAAAGGGAAAGGAGAGGGGACAAUUACGUUUUUUCAGAAAAAAAAAGAAAAAAAAACUUUUAGUAUACAUAUCACUUGUCCUGAAUUAUAGGGUUGAAACUCGAUAUAAAAAUGGAUGAUUAUGUUCUA